UCAUGAUUGAGCUCUUACUGUGCUUGUCUUCCGCGCUCCUGAUGCUUCAACAAUCGCUCAUUUAGUUGCCGCGUCACCUAACCACCUUAUUCUCACUCUUUUGACAGCCAUAAUUGAUAACUCUAUACUUACAAUGCUAUUCCGAUCCAUUUGUCUCGCUGCUGUGACCGCCUUAGCCGUCGAGGCUAUUUCCAAGGAUGCGUCUUGCGACGACGAUGUGUUGACCCCAUCCGCACCAGUGGCCUCUGUGCCACCUCUGUCCAAAACUCGCCUCCCUGGAUCACAGUUGUCCGGGUACCCUCCGUCUGGACCGUACUUGUCUGGUUCCUCUCCUUCCAGAACUCUCCCUUCGGCUUCGAAUCACUCCUUACCGGCCCGGGUCUCGGCACCUCGUUAUGUCAUGUACUUCGAUCAGUACCACACAGCCGGGAUUCCAGACAAAUCUAUUACCGCUGGCGUUACCCACGUCAUCACAGCCUUCGCCAACUCCUCUUUAUUCGCCUCUGAGCCGGCCGGCGAGUACAAGCCAUUCAAACCUAUAAAUGAGAUUCGAGCUCUGUUUGACAACGGAACAAAGGUCUGCAUGGCCAUUGGUGGAUGGGCUGAUACCGAUGGUUUCAGUCGAGGCGCUUCGACAAAUGCCAACCGCAAUAAGUUUGCCCGUAAUGUCGUGGACUCCGCCGUCAAGCUUGGAUACGACUGCGUUGACGUCGAUUGGGAGUACCCCGCGGGCAACGGUGCCGACUAUAAGCAGAUUCCAAACGCAAACAAGUCUCAGGAGAUUGACACCUUCCCCCUGCUCCUCUCCGCUAUCAAGACGCAGCUGAAGCACCACAAGAUGGAGCUUUCCGUUACCGCCCCGGGCCUCAAGCGUGACAUGAUUGCUUUCACCCAGAAGCAGACCCCCAAAAUCAACGCGGUCGUUGACCACUUCACUGUCAUGACCUAUGAUUUGAUGAACCGCCGCGACAACGUCACUGCUCACCACACAGACGUCAAGGGCUCUCUCGAAGCCAUCGACACCUACAUCGCCCUUGGCGUCGAGCCGGUAAAGAUCAACUUGGGCUUUGCCUUGUACGCUAAGUGGUUCACCACUGCCGCCGGUCACACUUGCUCCGAGGGUCUUGGAUGCCCCACUGAGUUGCUUGAGGCUGCUGACGGAACCGAUACUGGAAAGUCUGGCGCUGUCACAUUCGAAGCUGCCAACUUUAUGGCUGCUCCCACUAAUUUGACGACUUCUCCCGAUGCUUCUUGCGGUAGCGGAACGUUCUACAAGUGUCCUACCGGUAACUGCUGUAGUCAGUACGGCUUUUGCGGCACCACUGAGGCUCACUGCAGCAGCGGUUGCCAGUCAGACUACGGCAUUUGCAACGGCACCUCAACUGCUGCCUCGUUCAAAACUGCCAUGGCCAACGGUAAGACCGACGAGGUCAGUGGUGGGCAGUGGUACUGGGACCCCGCUGGUCCUUUCUUCUGGACCUGGGACACCCCGGCCCUUGUCUCCCGCAAGUUCAAUGACAUCGUCAAAGCUCGUGGUAUCGGUGGCGUUGCCGCUUGGAGUUUGGGCGAGGAUUCUCACGACUUUAGCCUCAUCAGGGCCAUACAGGCGGGCGUCCGAGCUUGGCCCAGAUAGAAUCCAUGAAGUCUGCGUAGCAAGCCGGAAUCAAACUGAAUUCUAUUUCAUUGUACAGUCAUCGAAUUCAUGGGGUUCCGUUUUGUAUGCGCUGAGUUCCGUUUCUUUCAAGGUUCGCUGUUGUCUUGUUCGUCUUACUUCUCAAACAAGUGUUUCGAUUUCUUCAGCAGCAGGCAUUGAAAAAGGAAGAGGCUGAAAAGGAUGACUUGCUAGAACUUAAUCGUCGUUGGAAACGGCCCCUGCAUUUCCUUGC